GCUGUUGCUUUAAACACGUGACGUCAUCAUUCAGCGUCGGCUUGGAAGCAGCGGCUCGUGGAGUUAGCGGGAAAGUUCAGCUCGCUCGCGGAAUCAUUUUGAUUGCUGAUACGAGGAUGGAUUCUGAGUAUGGGCCUGUCGCGCUGGGUAUACUGGCAGGUGUAGGCUGUGGGCUCUGCCUCGGAUGGCACCUCAGUGGGCAUUCUGGCAGAUCGUCCCGCAGCAUGAUGGCACCUUUAGGAAACAGCGAAGCCAGCGUGAUGGGCGAAAGCGGAGAGUUCAAAAUGAUCCUAGUGGUCCGAACCGAUCUGAAGAUGGGAAAAGGUAAAGUGGCGGCCCAGUGCUCCCACGCUGCUGUGUCCGCCUACAAGCAGGUCCAGCGCAGAAACCCAGAGCUCCUGAAACAGUGGGAGUACUGUGGUCAGCCCAAAGUGGUGGUCAAGGCUCCAGACGAGGAUUGUCUGCUGGAGCUGCUGUCCCACGCUAAAGAGGUCGGACUGGCGGUCAGUUUAAUCCAAGAUGCUGGAAGAACCCAAAUUGCACCAGGGUCUCGGACGGUUCUUGGUGUGGGACCGGGACCUGCUGAUCUUGUUGAUAAAGUGACUGGACACCUAAAAUUGUAUUGAUUAAGAUGGGACUUAACUGGGGCAGUUUGACCAAUACUCAUCAUUUUUAUACAACCAGAAAGAGUGGUGAAGUUGAAUUAAAAUGGUUUAAAAGACACAUUGAUUUAUAGGUUUAACCAUUUAUUUUAAGUAAACAGUUCACCCAUUCCAACUUUGAACAUGAAUACAGAUUUUUUUUUUUUUUUUUUGUCAUAGUAAGUCUUAUGUACAGAAAAUUAGUUAUUUGGGAAUCUCAUUUCAAUCACCUCCCUCAUACCCAGUGGAAUAAAUGACUUUUGUUUGUUAAACUUUGACUUUGGCGCAAAACCCACCUCCUGUUCCCUUUUCAAUCACACAACAAUGCUUGUAUGAUAAAUUCUGUGAACAUACAGAUUUAAAACACUGGAUUUAUGUAAAACUGGCUUCUUAAGCCAGGCUUAAGUAUUAACAUUUUUAUUUACACGAGUGAUUAAGCCACAAAUUCCAAACUUAAAGCUUUGUUUAUGUUAUGAAUGUCAGAAUGAAACUGUCCAGGGAGUAUGAAGGGGGAGACAUUACAAAGAUUGUUGGGAAAAGAAUACAUGGCACAAUCUGUGUUUAACCAGAUUUUUCUUGACAAACAAGAAACCUUUAUUUAUAUUGUAAUCUGGGGAAAAAAUCUCAUUCUCUUUGUGCACAAUCAGAUUACUACAAUAUAUGUAUGAUUAAUCUCAACUCAGUGGAAACUGAGUACAAGACAAAGGGAGUUUAAUCGUUCUUAAACCAAAUUACCAACUGUGAGGUUUUUUUUAUUAUUAUUUAUUUUUUACAAAUAAAGGGUACACUGAGUUUAGGAAUAAAUGGCAGGAUAAACUGGCUUUUCUAGUCUCACUUCGGUGCCAUAGGGUGACCACAACAACCAACAUACACACUGCAGCACAGAGAGGUAAGGUUAGUAAAACACACAGGUGUGGAGAGCCGCAUACAUAUUUAUAUAUAUUUUAAUCAUUAUCCCUCCUCAAAUGGAUGGUCCCACACAAAGAGCACGGGUUACUGCACAACAGAAGUUUGUUUUUCCAUACAGAAAAAACAAAACAUGGAGAACCUGCAUAGGUCAGGGAAAAGGUUUGAAGUUACCAUAUUAAUAAAUCUUUAUGCAUUUAAAAUAACCUUUUUUUUUAUAUAUGUAGAAGUUUGCACCCCCAUUGAAUUACUGGUAUUGAGUAGUGUUUAUUUGUGGAGGUGGUAGUCACACAUUUUCCUCGAUUUUUUCCUUUUCUUUCCUGGAAUAUACAAUAUUAAAUGCUAACAGACUGGACAAGAUGUUCACACACAUCAAAAUUAUACAUUAUAGUUGUUUUUCUCUGACUACGGAGUGCAAAUCCGAUUUUGUUUUGUAAUUUUAAUUAUGCCGACUUGCUUCUUCCAAAAGCCGCCUCAUUGUAGACACCAUUCCCCUUUUAUUGACAGGAAAUGAAAUCAGUAAGUAUUUGGAAUGUGAAAAAAAAUUAUUCUUGAUGAAAUCUUUGACAAUAUAGAAAUAAAGUCCUUCAUGAUGGUAUAAAGAAAACAAGAUAAACCAAAGCUAUCAUUAAAAAAAAAAAGGGUAAAGUAAAA